AAGUCGUCACAAUACAUUCUGAUCCGUCUUCGGACUUGAGAGUUGUAACCCUAACAAAUUGACCUCGUCUCUGUAUUUUCGCUUUUCAGUGUUUCAAUAUUUUUUAGUACAAUUUAGGAAGACAAGAGACUCAAGAGAGUGAGAGAUGCAUCUAUGGCCGUCGAUGACGAUUAGGGACUCAUUCAAGCUUGGAUACCUGAGAAAGCUCGAAUGGAACCUCAACAGAAUGGAAAGCGAAAAGCAGAAGUCUUCAAGCAACCAGAAACUGUUGGAUAAUGAAGAACCAGUUUCCGAUCGAAAAGAAGCUGCUAGACCUGUUUCUGAUCUGCAAGAAGCUGCGAAACCCAAUUCAGAGAUUCUUGGUGGGCUCCUCGUAGUGUGCAGGGAGUCGCUGAUGGUUCUCUCCUGUUGCUAUUGCUGUUUCUGUUGCGGAGCUUGUCUGGAUGAAGAUGAGUAUUGAUGCAAGUAUCUGGCAGCGCAUUUGGAAUCUGAAUCUAUCCUGGAAAUAACAAGAAUGUGUAUACUGGAAACUGGCUAACCCUCUAAAGCUUUUGUUACUGGAAUGUUAAUUAUAAAUAGGCCCUUUUGUUCA